GUAUAUAAAAUGAAAUUUUUGAGACAAUUUGUGAAUUAACAAGGUGUUUUAUAAACAAAAUGGAUUCAAUAAAGCUUGAGAUGGGAUCUGAAGACCUGCAGGCGUGUCGUAUAUGUCUGGCUACUGAUGUUAGACUGUUCGGAAUAUAUGAUAACAGAUUGGAUGAGGUAUUCGUCGAUGUUAUGGGUACUACGUUGUCAGUAUGGGAUGGGCUCCCUCAGCAUCUGUGCGGCUCGUGCGGCAUGCUGCUGCUGAAGAGCAGCGAGCUGCGCUGCCGCUGCCGUCGCGCCGAGCUGUUACUGCGUCAGUACACGCACACGAUCACCACAGACUUCAUCCGAACCAUAGACAGAGUAGCCAACAAGCUUUCCCUCCAUCUCUCCAUCACCAAAACAAACUCUGACACAGACACCAUACUCGACACAGAAACAAAACUCGACACAGAAACGAAACUCGACACAGACUUGAAACUCGAUGACAAACAAGACAGUGAUGAAAAUGACUCACAAUCGGUGUCAGUUUUUUGCGAACCCGAAAUAUUUGUGAGCGACGUGAAAUAUUCACAAGUUAUAGCCACAGACAUAGACAUAGCAAACCGUAUGACGUUACGGAAACGAGUUAAAACUGAAAAGAGGAGAAAACAAAAAGUGAAGGAAGCACCUAGAAAACAAAAGAAGGGUUUCAAAUGGUUUUUCAGUACGGAGGAGGAUUAUGUUAAAUUUGAGAAUAAGUACAACAUUAGGGUGGUGAAGUUGGAUGAGGAGGGACAGAGACGGGAGAUGGAGGGAAGGAGAGAGUCGGAGAACUAUAGACACGCGCAUGUGCGGUGCGAGAAGUGCUGUAAAGGGUUCCUGUCUAUGAUCACGUUUGAGAACCACAACAAGAUCCAUGACCCGAGUACCGGCGCGAACGAGUGCCCGCUAUGUUUCUCGCGGUACAAGUUCCCGACGCACCUGCGCCAGCACGUUGUGGAGAGCCACGCGCAUAAAUAUGUGUGCAAGGUGUGCGACCAGGUCAUACGGCGGCGAAGCGCCGCCAUGUUGCACUCUGCGUUCCACGCGGGCAGGACGUUUGAGUGCAAAUACUGCGGACGGACAUUCAAGAAAUCUUCAACCCGCUAUACACACAUGCGUAUUCAGCACCCCGGGGAGAACGCCUCCGGGGGCGCCUGCGAUGUGUGCGGGGAGACCUUCACCGGAGCCCUAGGGCUGCAACAGCACAAGACGAGGAAACACAAUAAGCCCGCAGUGCCAGAGCUGAAGUGCAGUGUCUGCCUGGUUCAGUUCGCGAGUUUAGACGCCGUCGCAAGACACACAGACACCACGCCCGACAGCACCUGCGAUCCUAGUCUCAAUGUAACCAACCGUUCGCAACGAAGUCUUCUCUCAGCACGCACAUAGACCGCGUGCACUUGAAGAUCAAACCGCGAUAUAAGCUCAUAUACAAGUACAGUGCGGCGAGACGAGCGCAACUAGACGAAUACAUGUGCGAGACCUGCGGCAAGGGGUACACGAGCUUCGCGAACCUGAAAACUCACCAACUACGUCACACAGGGGAGCGGCCGUUCCCCUG